AUGAUGAUGAAUCCGUUUAUGGAUACCUCUUCAAAUUCAUCACAUCACCAUCUAGCAUCAUAUGGUCUUAAAAUGUCACCGAACUCUACCUUGGAAACUAGUCAAGCAGAUAUAAAUGGAAUGAUAACGCCUAGCAUGUCAACAAAUAUGUCGUCUACAGAUGCGAACGAAAUAACUAACAGCACUGGAAGCCAACACAACACCUAUCAAAAUAAUAAUGUGGGACCUGGUUACGCUACCCAUCACUUAUCUUCAUCACAUAUGAAUCACAUUAAUACACAAAUUGGUGCAUACUCUCGUGACUUUUUGUUACGUCGAGAAAAUGAUUAUCUUUCAGCGUCUGCUGCCAGUCAACCUGGAUCCGAAACUAUGUUAUUUCACCCUCACUCACAUCAUUCAAUGCACGAGAACUUACAACAUCAUCCGUCGGCGACUUUAUCUAAUAGUCAUUUUCAGCAUCAUCAGAUGCGAAUGGGUAUGGACUAUACACAUCCUUAUCAAGCAGCUUAUCCGUCGGUGCACCACCAUAACUUGGCCAAUAUACCAGUUAAUCAUGGAGGGUCUGGUGCAUUUUUCCGUUAUAUGCGACACCAUCCCACUCAAGUAAAACAAGAGAUGCAAUGCCUUUGGGUAGAUUCAGAGCAACCCUUAAUCUCUAAUGUAAAUCGCAAGCCAUGUAAUAAAAUAUUUAAUUCAAUGCAAGAAAUUGUUACGCAUUUAACAGUAGAUCAUGUCGGUGGCCCAGAAUGUACAACGCAUGCAUGUUUUUGGCUUGGAUGUACACGCAACGGAAGACCUUUUAAAGCUAAAUAUAAGCUAGUCAAUCAUAUUAGAGUUCAUACAGGCGAAAAGCCCUUCCCUUGUCCUUUUCCUGCGUGUGGAAAGGUAUUUGCGAGAUCGGAAAAUUUAAAAAUACACAAACGAACACAUACCG